AUGUGGUUAAGUUCAAGAGCUCAUUGGUGUCAAUUUCUGGACGGUUUAGGAUCUACUCAUGGUAAACUUAACUUCAAUAUGGGUUAAUUAAUUAAUUUUGAUAUGACUGAUUCAAUUGUAUUUGAAGAUUUGUUUGAAAUAGUUGUACAUGAAAUAACUCAUAUAUUAGGUUCUAAUGCAAAAGGUAUAGCUAAAUGGGUUACUGCUGAUGGAUUACCUCAUGUUGAUCCUAUUAUUAAAUUACAAAUAAGGGGAAUUGAAAGUUAUUUGCUCGCAACUCCUAACGUUUUAAAGUUCGCCCGAGAAUAUUUCGGAUGCCCUUCUUUACCUGGUAUGUCCCUUGAAAAUCAAGGAAGCUUAAGUUCUUUAGGAUCUCAUUGGGAAAUGACAGUCAUCUAAGAUGAAUACAUGAAUGGAAAUUUGGCAUUAAUUUAAACUUAUUUUAGUGGUUUUACAGCUAAUCUUUUAAGAGACACAGGCUUCUAUGCCGAAAUUAACGAAUCUAUGGAAGAAAAAACAUUCUAUGGAAAAGGAUAAGGUUGUGAACAUAUUCUUGAUGCAUGCAGAUCUGAAAAAAGAGAAUAUUGUAAAAAUACAGACAAAUUUGUAUGUGAUUAUUAUCACAAUGGAUCUUCUGGGUGUUAAUCUAAUAUAUUUAAUGAUCCUGGUUGCAAUACUUUAAAAAUUUAUAAAAAAGAGAAUGCUUUAAUGAUAAAAUGCAAAUGGAUAUUACGUAAAUAAUAUUUGAAUUGUGCUAAUGGAUUUUAUGGAGAAGAUUGCUCAAAUAAAAAAACAGAUUGA